UGGGGAGCGUCACGUUUACUGCUGAGAUAACAAUAACUAACGGGACAGACUCACAGACCAGGAAUUAUACUGCGUCUACCUUGCAAAUUCUUUACGAGGCCGUCCUUACAAUUUAUAACCAAACAUCCAAUGCUUCUAGUUUCACCGUAAAUAAUAGAAAAAUUACCAACCUCUGUGAUUUGAAGAAUGUUAUUGGAGUCUGUGGCUCCGGACAUGUCUGUGAGAUGUCCAAUGGCACAGCAGAGUGCAAGCCCGUACAAGCAGAUACAACCUCCACGGACUACAAGUUGGUGAUCGGGCUUGCAGUGGGCAUUCCUCUCUUCUUCAUCGCUGCCUUUGUCAUCGCCGUCUUGGUCUACAUCCGCUUCAAGAGAAAGGCCAGAAAUGCAAAAUAUUCUAUGGAUGACAGCCAAAGCGACUUCUCCAAAAUAUUCAGACGUCUGCCCCUGUAUGGAACCCCUCGUCCUCUUAGCUACAGACCUGACAGCUACUUUGACUCUGGCGAUGACGACAGCAGACACCACUACAACGCCACCCUCGACAGCAACAUCACAUCUCCCUGGGCUACAGACAAACUGAAGGGGACCAGAGGACUAGACGUCCAGGAACCUGCCAGUUUUUCGUGGGACCAUUUCUACCAGAAUGUUCCCGAGGGCGAGUUCCAUAUCAAACGAGCAAGGGUAUCUGUGGUUCCAACUCCUACAUUUCAGAUCUCACGCGAAUCACAAGAGUUUGACGCAUGAGUGGUUAUCUGGUUCAAUGGUUCAUAAAGCUGACUACGUUCAAAACCCAAAUUAAAACAAUAAGCUUAUUUGUACAAACGCAACCGUAAAGCAAGUUUACACAGUUUUUUUUUUCUCGGCAUGGCAUUCAUAUGUGGACGCUUUUUCUUUGCAUGGAACUGAUUUAU